UAUAUUUAUCGAGAGAUAAAGCACUAUAAUUGUCCUGUGAUAAUGAAACCUCACUAGUGAGUGGUAAUAUUUACUUAUUUAUUUUUACAUAAAUAAAAUAUUCUACUUUUCCCACCAUAAAAUAUUAUUGUUAUAUAAUUUAUAUUGUAACAAUAGCCGGAAAUGUUUCUGAUCAGAAACGUCAGAACCGGUAUAAAUCUUUUAUCCAGACAACUAAAAAGAAAUGUCACCCUUUCGAAAAUGAGGAUGUCGACCGUUGACGAACCGAACGACCAACCAGUGAAAUUUUCAACGAGCAAAGCAUCAAAAUGGAAAGCUGAAUUUUCUCGGAGAGGUACAUCUAAAGAAGAAUCUCCAUGGUUUGAGCCUCUUGCUGUCGGUGCGAGUGCGGCCGUUUUUCUCAUCUACUUCUGUGUUCUACGAGAGGAAAACGACAUAGAUGAAAAGUUGGAUAUAUCAAUUUAUAGAAGAAUAGAUGGGCUCGAAGAGUAUCAGUUGAGACAAUUGUUGGCACACAAUAAACGCAAUGGUAAAGAUGUCACAGAUAUAGAAAACAGGUUGCAAGAACUAAGCCGAGAAAAAAUGCGUAGUUGAGUACAUAAUUUUUGUAAGAUUGUUAAUAUUUCUAUGGUGUAAUUUAUGUAAAUAAUUAUUAAUAUGACGUUAGCAUUUUA